UCCGCGGAGGCCUUCAGAAGGGCGAGAGUGUAUUGAUUCACUCGGGAAGCGGUGGUGUCGGACAGGCGGCCAUCUCUAUCGCGCUGAGUAUGGGUUGUGAGGUCUACACCACGACUGGCGGCGAAGAGAAGAAAGCGUAUCUCAAGAAGGAGUUCCCGCAAUUGACUGACAAAAACUUUGCCAAUUCUCGUGACACCAGUUUUGAACAACACGUCCUCAGACAGACAGCCGGUCGCGGAGUGGAUGUCGUACUCAACUCACUGUCCGAAGAGAAACUGCAGGCCAGUGUCCGGUGUCUCGCACAACACGGAAGGUUCUUAGAGAUCGGCAAAUAUGACUUAUCGCAGAACAACCCAUUGGGAAUGUCUGCUUUCCUCAAGAAUAUCGCAUUCCACGGCAUUUUGUUGGACGCGUUGUUCGGCCCGUCUUCGUCUCACUCGCCCGGAAUUCAAGGUCAGAAGUUGGAGGUCGCGAAUCUCGUCUUGGAUGGCAUCAAAUCGGGUGCCGUCCGACCCCUCAAGCGAACCAUUUUCAACAAAAAUCAAGCCGAAGAGGCGUUCCGUUUCAUGGCUUCG